AUGCCGAUCAAACGGACAAGAUCAACAAGUCGACACUUGGUGGCAAGAAUCAAAGAUGGCACCAUGACCGUGAACGUUGUAAAGAACUUGCUCGGAGAAGAUCUCAGGCCUAGGCACUCUUCAAUUGCGCCCCCAUCCAAUCACGGGCGGUGUCUACGGCAGGCGCAUGUUCUGGCCCCCUUCGGUUCGAACAUGGACAGCAAAAGCAUAGAAGUGUCCAUCCACUGUGUCGCUUGGCGAACUACAUCUCGCCAUGCCGAUGCUUGCGAAGAAGGCGAGGGAGAAGGCCAGGCAGAAGACCAAUGA